AUGCCCCCGCCUCCGCCAGCAGAGAGGGCUCCACAAUUUGUUGUUCCGGAGAGCGUCCCGCCCUUGCCAACUGGCAGCCGCGACAAGGAUGCAGCAGACCUGCCUGUUCCGGUCAAACUGGCGCAGGCUCUUCAAGAACAAGAGCCAGCAGUGGGAUCACCUGAGGUGCCUACGCAAGGCUCGCGUGAUCAUCGGUUAGGAAAAUGCAGGCCCUGCGCAUUCUUCCACACGAAGGGCUGCGCAAACGGUGUCGAAUGUGAGUUCUGCCAUCUCUGUGAUUCUGGCGAGAAGAAACGCCGCGCCAGACAAAGGGCAAUACUACGAAAAGAGCAAGAGCUCGUCCAGGCUGCAAGCCCGAUGUCAGUCGGCCUGGUUCCGGGUGGCUAUCCGAUGCAGCCCAUGGGCCCCAUGGCCGUGCCACCCAUGAUGCAGUUGCCGGGCAUGUGGCCUCCUCCGCUGCGCCUCUCUCGCAUGAACACGAGUUGGUCAGGUGUUUCAGAGAUUGGCGUUUAG